AUGGGGUCUUCUUCUGUCGCAGCUCCCCAAGAACUCAAGCGCUCACCAGUGGUCAUGGAUACGGGCAUACAGGAUCUAGAUGACCUAUUUGGCUCUUUGAAAGCGGUUAUGAGGAGCGGCGCCAACAGCAACGGUGCUGCUGCUGCUGCAGAGCAUCCCGUGGGAAUGCACCACUCCAACGACUUGGACAAAGACAUCCUCAAGAUCUCCGACGACGACGACAACGACCUCGACGGCAAAGUCGCAAGACAACAAGCAAUCUUCCACUCGAUCGAGAAAAAACUGCACCAGCUUCCAAAACUGAAAAACACCUUCGAUGAUCUGUCACGUGACUCCUCCAGCAAAACCCUCCCACCAGCCAACCUGCAUGAACCAACUGCACCACCAUCCACCAAACCGUGGUUCCAGCUCCCCAAACAAGAGCUGACAGACUCGCUAAAACGUGAUCUAGCACUGAUAAAACACAGAGCCGCUCUGGACCCCAAACGGCACUACAAAAAGGAAAAAUGGCAAAUACCCGAACGCUUCAGCGUGGGAACCAUCGUCGAGGGAACAGGCGAAUUCUUCAGCAGCAGAAUCAAAAACAAAAACCGUACCAAUACAAUACUGGCUUCUCUGAUGGCGGACACUGACACCGAUCGCUACUUCCGUAGGAAAUAUUCCGAAAUCCAAGAAAAGAAAACCGCGGGCAAACGCGCCCAUUACAAGCAUGUCCGUGAGAAACGGCGUAAACUGUGA